UUUUAUGGCAAUUCAUUCAUUACUAUUACCUACUCAACCUUACAUGCGAGGGAUAGAGAUGCAUCUUUAAUUUUCUGCCAACUCUUCUACUUUGGCAAUUGGCACCACCCCUAUCUAUCAUCUUUCCAUCCAAUUUUUUGUUACCAAAUUUACAUGAUUUCUACGAAUUAAUGGCUCGGAGCCUCGGACUAACAGAAAAUGAAAUUUGUAAUAUGCUCGUGCUACCAAAAAAAUUAUACUAGUAGACAAUCGAUGAGACUGAGACCUAACCUAGUGUGUGGGUGACCAAAAUGUGGCUGCAUAGAUUUAUUGCAUCAUGCAGAUACAAAGCAGUAAUAUUUUAGCAAUUAUAUUUAAUAGUUUCAUCCUAUCUCUCACAUCAACCACAACAAACACGAUGGACAAUACGAGUUGGGAGCAAAAACUCCACGCGCUGACUCACAUCCUAACCAGCCCAACUCACGCGCCGCCGCUCCACUCUCAGAUAUUCAUCGCCACCCAAAUCCCCUGCUACCUCGAUUGGGACUACCCCCCGCUCCUCUGCCGGCGCGCCGCCUCAUCGGCGCCUCCGCUCAUGAGAUGGGCCUUCUCUCAGUUCAUCAAAAGGGGCCGCAGAUGGGGGCUGCCGGAGACCUCGUGGAGGUGCAAAUGCCCCUAUCAAUUGCCUCCGCCGCUGUUGUUGGCCAAAGGGGUGGGUGCCGCCGAGUGGGGCGAGGAGGAGAGGAGAAGAUAUGCGAGGUCCAGAUUCAGACGGAGAAGGCUGGGGAACGACAUUAAUCCAUUGAUUCCAAUCCUUGUUCCUAAUAUCUUGUUGCUCUCGCUUUUGUUUUGGGCUCCCGUUUCUCUCCAAGAUUGAUAACUGACUUCUAAAUCUUUACUAUUUUCAGAUUUGCUAUGUAUUUAAUUUUCUGAUAUCUUCUUUUUGCCGUAUAUAAUACUCCUACUUAGUAUUCAAUUAA